AUGUACGGGGUCCCGCCGGGAUGGGGGAGCGUCCCACCCCCGGUCCCGCCGCCCGGGGACCCGCCGUACGCGUACGGCGCGGCGAUCGCGCCGCCGCGAAUCGGACUCGGCCUCGGACACCGCCCGCCGCCGCCGGGUUUCGGCGAUCGUCAUCACGACGCGACGCGAAGCCUCGAAGAGCAGUACGAAGCGCUCGCCAGGGCGCGCGUCUUCGACGCGUGCGACGAGCUCCGUCCGCACCCCGCGCUCCUUCUCGCCGCGGCGGAUUCGGCCUCGCCGCUCCCGCCGCCGGGGCCGGACGCGCGCGCGGCGGUGCGCCGCGCCGUGGACGCGCGCCUGCGAGAGAUGCGACGCGCGUUCGUUCGCGGCGAGCCGAUCCGCGCCCCGCGCGAGGUGCCGAGAUGUGCCCUCGCGUUCGCGAUCGUCUCCGACGUCCUCGACGCGUCCUCAAAAGGCGUGUUCGGCGCCGAGCGAAGCGCCGCGGUCGCGACGCGCGUCGAGGCGCGGCGCGCGCCGCGCAGCAGCGCGAUCGCCGCGAUCGCGCCCGCGCCGCUGCGAGGCGCGCCCCCGGACGGGUACCGCGCGUUUUUCGCGAAAAAAAUACUCGAACGCGUGGUGCGCGACGCGCUGGUCGAUCCGAGCGCGUCGAUGUGCGGCCCCUCGAGCGGCCGCGUGAGCUUCGGCGGGACCGCGUCGCUGGACUUCGGGCUCCAGAGGCUGGUCGUGGCGUCGUCGACGCGUCCGGAGGAGGGAGGCGGCGGGAGGAGGAUGAGGGGGGACGACGGCGCGGACGCGGCGGGACGCGCCGGGAAGAGUUUUAGUUACGCCGCCGCCGCCGCCGGCGCGGCGAAGCCGCCGCCCGGCUCGCCGGACCCGCUCCUCGCGGCGUGGACAGACGACAACACGACGGCGACGCGGACGAUGACGCUGACGAACGAUACCCCGGAUGGGGUGCUGCUCUUGGCGAUCACCGCGGCGCCGCAUCUUCCCGGGGUGUUCCGCGCUCGGUGCGAUUAUCCGGAAUUAAUUAGGCACGCCUCGGACGACGCGCCGCCGUUCGAGGGAAGACCGCCGGUGUACGUCCCGCCGGGGGGCGCGUUCGACGUCACCGUGGAAUUAGGGUUAGGAUUAGGAGGGGUAGGGGUAGGGGACGCGCGCGCGAAGAGGAAGACCGGGUGCGUCGCGCAGUGGGUGAUGGCCGCGUUCGCGCGGUGUCCGAACGGGUGGACGCCGCCGCCGUCGGCGGCGGCGGCGGCGGCGGAUGCGUUUCUCAACGGCGACUUCUCCGACGGCGGCGCGCGCGCGUCGUUCGAUCCGUUCGACGCGCGAAAUGUCGAGGUCGUCGGGCGCAGGGUAGGCGCGCUGCUCGUCGCGGCGGCGCGGGGGGGCUCGAAACGCUCGCACGGCGACGGUUACGCGGAGCUCGCGUCCGUUCUCGACCCGGAGACGCCCGCGUUCGUCCCGACGGCGUUACGCGACGCGCACGACACGUUUCCCACGGUAACGCUCGCGCCCGUGACGUUAGUCGACGAGAGCCCGUGGGCCUCGAGCGAGCUGCGCUCGACCAAUCUCGACGCGGCGCGGCGGUGUCUCGGCGAAACGUCCGCCCGCGAAGCGUUCACGCUCCGUCGCGCGCUCAACGCCGCGCUGCUCCGCACCGCGGCCGUCGCCGCGCCCGCGGCGUUCAAGGACCCGAAGAGCUCGCAUCUCCCGCCCGCGUACUGGACGCAACCGUCGGAGAACGACGGCGACGAUCGACUCGCGCGAUGGACGCCGCACCGCGAAGGCGGCGAGUGGGACGACCUCGAGGUCUUUCUCGCGAACGCCGGCGCCGGCGGCGGCGAACUCGCGCGAUGGUCGCGGCUUCUGCGCGUGGAAGAGCGGCAGCAGCUGAGGGACAUUCGGAGGUACGACCUGCACGACGUCGCGCUGACGCACGCGGGGACGCGCGCGAAGUUCCACGCGCCGCCGCGGGGUUGGGAUCCGCAGGAUCCGCGGACGACGGACGUCCUCGCCGGCGGACGCGUGGCGCGCGCGGAUCUGUACGCGUUGCGCGUCCCAGGGCUCGUGGAGGGGUUUCCUCCCGUCGUCGUCGGCGACGUCCUGCGCGUGCGCGUCGCGAGCGCGAGGGCGGGGAUCACGCGGCACGACGAGCGCGCGGACGCGCAGACGAAUGAACGAAGCCAGCCGCACGAUCACCUGUUCACUCGACGCGUCGCGGACGUCGGCGUCGUCGUCCAGAGCGUCGUCCCGCGCGCGGGCGUCGUCGUCGUCGCGGCGCCGCGCGCGCUGUCGCGCCCGGCGCGACCCGAGCGUAACCCAAACCUCGCGUGGAAGCCGGAGGAAGCGAUCGCGCAAACGGUCGUGACGGAGAUGACGUGCCACGUCCGCUUCGCGAUCGAUCACGCGACGUUUCGAGCGCAGCGGAGGGCGCUCGCGGCGGCGGCGGCCAACGCGGCGAUCGGAGUCGCGCUCGACGCGAUGGCGCGUCGUCGAGCCGGCGACGCGUCGGCGCCGCGCGCGUCCGAAUCAUGCGAGUCGUCGCGACCGCCGUCGGACGACGCCGUCGCGACGCCGUCGACGGAAGCCGUCGUCGCGCACCUGAACGACGAGCAGCGGAAAGUCGUCCUCGACGUGUUACGCGGCGACGCGGAGCGCGGCGGACGCGGACGCGGCGUAUCGCCAUAUUGUGUUUUAGGCCCUCCCGGGACGGGUAAGACCGUGACCGUCGUCGCCGCGGCCGCGGCGGCGCUCGCGUCCGACCCGCGCGCGCGCGUCCUGCUCGUCGCCCCCGCGGCGUUCGCCGCGGACGUCGUGUGCUCGCGACUGUGCGAGUUCAUGCGCGCGGACGCCGCCGCCGCCGCGGGCUUCGAGCCGUUCGCGCGCCCGUCGAAAAAGAAGAUCGAGGUCGAAAAAGGCGGCGGCGGCGGCGGCGGCGAGGGUGCCGAGGGUGCCGAGGGUGCCGAGGGUGCCGAGGGUGCCGAGGGUGCCGACACCUCCGACGACGACGACGAACCGUCCACGUCCCCCGCGUGGACGUGGACGAUCGCGCGCGUCAACGAUCCGCGCCGCGACCCGUCGUCCGUCAAGAAGGACGUCCUCCCCUUUUGCGUCGCCGCCGACGCGCCCGUGGCGCGGCGCGCGCGCGUCGUCGUCGCGUCGUGCGCCAGCGCGGGGCUCCUCGCGGACGCUUACGUCGACGACGUCGUCGCGCGCUGGACCGUCGCGGACGGCGCGUUAUCCCCCGGGACGAUCGACCGCGCGGCGUUCACGCAUGUGUUCGUCGACGAGGCGGGGCAGGCGACGACGCCGGAGACGCUCGUGCCGCUGAGGCUCGCGACUCGACGCACGAGCGUGGUGCUGUCCGGCGACCCCGCGCAGCUCGGGCCGACGGUGCACAGCGUCGUCGCCGGUCGCGGGAGGUGCGACGACGACGACGACGACGACGACGACGGCGACGGCGAGAUGACCCCGGGGCUGACGACGACGAUGCUCGAGAUGGCGAGCGGCGGCGGCUGCGGCGCGCGCGCGACGCGGCUCGUGCGCAACUACCGCAGCCAUCGCGACAUCAUCGACCUGUCCUCGCGGCUGUUCUACCGCGACGGGCUCGUCGCGUGCGCGCGCGAGGAGACGACGGCGCUGCCGAGGGUGCUGACGUCCGCGCCGUCGACGUCGACGCGCGGCGCCGGAAGCGGUCUUCCUCUCGCGGCGACGCGCGGGAACGAGUCCUUGGGGUUCGUGGACGACGACCAGGACGACGACGACGACGACGACGACGAAGGACACCUCGCGGCGGCCGCGGCCGUGACGCGCUCCCGCGUCGUGUUCUACGCCGUGAAAGGCGCGCAGACUCGCGAGAGCGCGAGAGGGGACUCGCCGUCGUAUUAUAAUCCGAUCGAGGCGCACGCGCUCGUCGAGCUCCUCGCGGGGUGGCUAGACCGCGACGCGGCGCGCGGCGACGACGCCGACGCCGCGAAAGACGGCGGCGCCGGAGCUUCCGCCGUAUACGCCUCUCCGCGUCUGCGCGCGAGCGACGUCGGCGUGAUCGCGCCGUACCGCGCGCAGGUGUUGCGGCUGCGUCUGUUGCUUCGCGGGCGCGGCCUGGGCGCGGUGCGCGUCGGCACCGUGGACGACUACCAAGGCCAGGAGGAGAAGGUGGUGUUCAUCUCCGCGACGGCGACGAGGACGCCGCACCCCGCGCUCCUCCGCGCGGCGGGGAUGACGACCGGGGGCGGGCAGCUCGGCUUCCUCGCGUGCCCGCGUCGAUUCAACGUCGCGACGACGCGCGCCAAGUGUCUCAACGUCGUCGUCGGUCAUCCGAGCGCGCUGUCUCACUGGCCGCACUGGGCCGCGCUGUUACGGCGAUGCGCGCUGGCCGGCGCGUGCUUCGGGCCGGGGAUGGACGACGGGAGCGACGUGGGGCAGAAUAGACAGAAUGCGGAUCGUCGCGGCGGUUCGUAUCCGCAUCCAGGCCCCGGCGGCGACGACGUCGGCGCGGCGGUGGCGGCGCUCGCGGAGCUGUCGCUGCUCGGCGGCGGCGCCGCGGAGGCGGAGGAGGACGACGACGCGAUGGCGCGGAGCGCGUUCUCGGAGGAACAGGCGUGGAGGGUGGCGCUGUGA